AUGAGACCAGAGUUUGAAAUAAUUGGGGAAGAAAGUUCCGGACGAGCUGAUUAUGCAAUCAAGUCUGACUCAGAUAACCUGGGUUCAGCCUGUCAAGUUGUAUUUAAUAUAAAAAAAUUGAAAUUUUUAGUUAAAAAUAUAAUAAAACUGACUCAACGGGUCGGGUCGAGUUCAUGCGGGUUAUGGGAUAGGACAUAUUCAGAUGAAGAACCUGAUAGAAAGAGGAAAAAUAGCACAGAUAUUUCAGCUGAGAACACUGAAUUUAGAGCUAGAGUUGUGACAUUGGAACGGGAUAUAGAUGACUUAUAA